AUGUCGCUCAGCUAUCGAGUGAACAAAUGUUCUACCUGCUUCGUACGCAACUAUGCAACACUAAUAGACCAAGUGAAAAUCGUUGGCUCAAACUCGGUCGGGCAAAUUAACAAAGUUGAUGAAUACCGCCCUGCUCGACGGCAUAAAGAAUGGACCGCUCUAGAAAAGAAAGUUUUGAACGCUCUCAUUGAUAAAUUUGGGCAAAACUGGAUGAAAAUUGCAUCACAGUUAGUUGAUCGAACACCUGAAGAAUGUUAUAGGCAGUGGGCUAAUAAAUCUCUAAAGAUUCAUGUUAAUAAGAGACGUCAACCUAAACCAGGUAGACGUUAUUGGAGCGCCGAAGAGAAGGAACUGUUGCUAACACUGAUUAUGAGAUAUGGGAGACGCUGGACAUUAAUAUCAAGUAAAAUGAGGCAUAGGUCUCCUUCGGCUUGUGCGUGCGCGGCUCGUAGAGAGGGUUUUGCGGCGAUUGAUUGUGAUUGGACCGAUCCAUACAUUUACCCGAAUAGGUCGAGAUGGACUAAUGAGGAAGUUGCAUUGCUAAAUCGUCUCAUAGCCAAACACGGAAGAAAUAUGAGUGCGGUCGCAUUAGAAUUUUCAGGUAGAACAUUUAAAAGUAUCACGAACUAUGCGAAUUACCAUCUCGAUAAAUUACCUUCUAUGUGGGAUAAUGAUUCAGACUUACAGGAUUCACAUCCUACACAAUGGACUGAAAAAGAAGAGCAGCUGUUAUGUGAAAUGAUGCAUCUGUUCCGUAGUACGAGCCUAAUUGCUAAGUACUUUCCGAGAAAGUCAAUGAGCGUGCUCAAUUUGAAAGUUGGACAAUUGGUUAGGCAAAGGAGAAUUAAUUUAACAAACGAUAAGGUGACAAAUGAUACUGAUGAUUCGAUGGGAUUUACGCUUUCGAAUCGUUCAAAAAAGGUUGACAUUCAGUAUGAUUGUAUCUCGGAAGAUGAUCCGGCAGUUCCGUACGUCAAUUGGACGCGAAAAGAGACCAAUUUGUUGUUGCAAUUGCACAAAAAAUAUGGACCGUGUUGGGAACUUUUCCCUACUCAGCUACCUAGACGAACAGCUGAAUCAUGUAAAUUAAGAUUUUACGCAUUGACAGCCAAGAAGUCGAAGAGAUGGGAGAGUUGGUCAGAAAAAGAGAGUCACAUUGUUUUCCAAAUAGCAAAAAAUUUAAGUUAUAGAUGGGAUGUCAUCUCCAAAUAUUUGCCUGAUCGAGCGUAUCGCGAGUAUGCUUCAAGGUGUACGGCGAAGAGGACUGGUAUUCGACAUUAUGCUAAGAUGCGACUGUUGCCAAAGGAAGUGAGUGAAACGAUAAAUAAUCUGAUCAAAAAAUAUGGAACUGAUUGGAAUGCUAUUUCCAAUGAAACAGGUAAACAACCAACUUUAAUAAAGGCGUAUGUGGAUAUCCAUCCUGAUCUCUUUCCUACUGUUGGACAACGGCAUACUGAGAAGCAAUCAACUUACGUUUUACGAUGGAGUCGCAAAGAAAUAGAAAUAAUCAAUGACGUUCUCUACAAGUUUGGACGUCAUUGGGCGAAAUUAGGUGAGAGAUUACCGCAUAGAACAUUAGCUGCAAUUAGAACUUACGUUCACGGUCAUAGGUACUUGUUUGCUAGUCUUCAAAAGGUAUAUAAACCACAACCACCUAAAUGGACUGUUGAUGAGCAGCGUAUACUGUGUGAAUGUGUAAAUAAGCAUGGGACUGAUUGGCGUAUGAUUUCAAAUUACCUACCAUCAAGAUCACCGGAUGCAUGUAAGCGCAAGUAUUUUGAUAUAAGACAUAAAGAAUGUGUAGAGCAGAUAAUACUUUAUAAUCAGGCUAGUUCAUCAAUAGUAACUGUGAAUGUAGUUUAG